GUCAGCAGGUAUUAAACUGGCGCCCCGGCGGAGCCCCGAGCCGCGGACACACACACGCACAGAGGAGCGCAGACUGUAGCGGGACUGGCGCAGACUGCAGGUGUCCGGUUUUGGUGUUUAAAGUUCUCCAAACUGUUUCCUUUGGGAUCUAAAAGUUUCUCUUCAAGCGGCCAGGUUGCCUCGAGGUUCGAGUCGGGUAGCAGAACCGAGCCCUGUGUGGCGCAGGACGGGGAGCCAUGCUGUCUCUGAGCCCGGUGGGCCCCGAGGAGCAGCGGAGCUGCGGGAGCUGCGGGGCCCCCUGCAGCUGCGGCCUGGAUGACAGCCUGACCAACCUGCAGUGGCUGCAGGAGUUCUCCAUCCUGGGGGCUCCGGGACCGCAGCAGGGCCAGCAGCAGCUGGGCCCCGGCGGCCCGGCCUCGCCUCUGGCCGGGGACCCGGCCUCCUGCAGCGGGUCACCGCUGACUCCCGGGAAGCCCACCGCGGCGGCCUUCAGCCGGAUGCGGGCCCCGCCGGCUCUCGCGGCGCGCGGCCACUGCCCGGCCGAGGUGGAUUACCGCAACAACCCGGACAUCAAGCCGCCGUUCUCCUACGCGACGCUGAUCUGCAUGGCGAUGCAGGCCAGCCAGCGCAGCAAGCUCACCCUGGCCUCCAUCUACCAGUGGAUCACCGACAACUUCUGCUACUACCGGCGCGCGGACCCCACCUGGCAGAACUCCAUCCGCCACAACCUGUCGCUCAACAAGUGCUUCAUCAAAGUCCCCCGCUGCAAAGACGAGCCGGGCAAGGGCGGCUUCUGGCGCAUCGACCCACCGUACGCCGAGCGCCUGCUCAGCGGCGUCCACCGGACCCGCCGUACGCCGCCGCUCCGGGUCCACUUGCCGCCGCCGAAUGAGGAGUGCCGGGACCCCCGCCUGUCUGAGGGCGGCCCGCAGGGCCCCCAUGCCCCGACCCCCGGCCGCCGUGGGACCAAGAGGAAGUCGGUGCUGGCAUCCCGGAGCGGCGCCUCCGAGGCUACCAGGCACUGCAGCUCCCCGCUGCUCUGUGUGGACGAGCAGAGGGAGGCCGGGCCCCUGAAGGGCCCCUUCGACUGGGACGGCUUGUUGGACUCGGCCCUCAGGGGGGAGCUGAGUUUGGAUGGGGGCGACUCUCUGAGCCCCAUCAUGGCCGCCGCCGACCCUCCUACACCCAGAAGUGGCAACGACCUGGACGAGGAAACCUUCCUGGCAACCGCUUUCCUGGAGACGCCCUGGCCGGAGGACGAGGACCGCGGCGACUUUCUGAGCGGCUCCACCGUCAACCUGGACCAACUGUUUGACCUGGGAGAGCCGCUAGCCCUGGACACUAGCAACCGGAUGGAGCCGCCAGUCCUGGACGCUAGCAACCGGAUGGAGCCGCUAGUCCUGGACGCUAGCAACCGGAUGGAGCCGCUAGUCCUGGAUGCUAGCAACCGGAUGGAGCCGCUAGUCCUGGAUGCUAGCAACCGAAUGGAACCGCUAGUCCUGGACGCUAGCAACCGGAUGGAGCCGCUAGUCCUGGACGCUAGCAACCGAAUGGAACCGCUAGUCCUGGAUGCUAGCAACCGGAUGGAGCCGCUAGCAAUGGAUGCUAGCAACCGAAUGGAACCGCUAGUCCUGGAUGCUAGCAACCGGAUGGAGCCGCUAGCAAUGGAUGCUAGCAAUUGUCACAUCUGAAGAAAGGGUCAGUGACUAAAGUGGCUGGGAAGCUGCAGGGAAACGCCUCUUCCUGUCCUGUAGACUCUUGUCCACGCCUGCUUCCUGGAGACGCCACUAGAGGAAGCAGGAAACAGACGAGACAGAGUCCAACAUUAAAAACUAAAUGAACAAUA